AUGUCGGUAUUCUGCGUGGCCGUUAUCUUAUCCUCUUUGUCGGCGUCCGAAGAACCUGCGCAAGAUUUCAUAGAGCAUGUAUUGAGGAUUCCAAAUCCAGACAGAGUACUCAAUUCCGUAUUGGGGCGUCUUGAAAGAAAUCGACAACUAGCAAUGGCGGCACGAACUCGGCAGCAUUACGAUGAACAUUGCGAUGAACCUUCCCAGGUCCUACCUGAGUAUACCGAGACAUUGCCGGGGUCACGUGAGCGCGGUCUAAGACAACUCGGCGUACAGAAACAUUACCCUAUAUGUCACUUGGAGCGUAAGAUCAGGAGGUUGAAUACAGAUGAAUACGAGUACAGACCGGCUUAUUAUGAAGAGAUUCUUUGCACCGCUUCCUCUAAUGAUGACGUAACAUCCAAUAAUGAGAUAUGCUCGAGUCUUGGAUUCUCUUGUGUUCAAUGGAAUAAAACAAUUCAUUUGACACGUCGGCGUUAUUCAAGUGAUUGCUGGGAAACAAAAACAAUGGUGAUCCCUGCCGGUUGUGAGUGUAUGUGGCCCGUCCAUCGUCUCGGGGAUAUCAAUUUACACGUUUAAAGCCCUUGCAAAUAGGGUUGUCGUCAAGAAAUUUAAUAC